AUGGAAGACGACGACGACGACUAUGGCUCCGACGAGUUUGACUCCCUGCCACCGGGGACGUGGUUUGCGCUAGAACAGAAUGCGUUCCAAGCAACCCAGGCGUCAGCCUCACAGUGUCACUCAAACCCCAUAAACAGCAACCCCGUGCCACACACUCAAGGUGUGCCAUUAAACAACAACUCUGGAUCGCUGAGACCACCGCCUCGUCUACACACGGGGUUGACAAACGACUACAAUGCGCUGGAGGUGGGGGAAUUUGAGGCUGAGGUGUACGAUAAUGUCGAUAAGCCGCAUGUUAUUUCGCAUGAUCAACACAUACACGUCACGGAUCCCAGUUUUACGGUCAAGGGGCAACUGGGCGAUGCCAUGGAUGUGGACGAGCACUAUGGGCAAGGGAACGCCGCAGCAGAGAUCAAUGCACGCCUGGUGCAGAUGGAACAAGAAAGAGAACAAAUGUUACAGGAGCUAGCCGAAGCGAGGACGCAAGUGGAAACGAAAGCUGGGGAAAUCUCGAUUAUUCGAAAGAAGCAGACAACGAUGACACAAGACUAUGACCGGCAACUUGCGGCUCUGCGGAAGUCUAUGGCCGAUGAAAUAGCAAAACACAAGCAAGAGGUUGAGGCGGCGAUGUCCGAAGGCAAGGUAUUGGCGACGGAGAACAUAUUUCUUCAACAAGACCUCGUGGAUGAAGCCUACCAGCUUCGGAACUACAAAUCUAAGAAUCGUGAGAUGGAAGCCCCAGUGACUCCUCGAAAGUCCCGGGUGCUUCCUUUCCGCGAUGGAUUUGACGAUGAUGAAAUCGCUAUGGUAUCGCCCAGCAAGUCUGCAGCGCGUUCUAAGCGAGCAACGCCGACAGUUCCAGGAAAACGCAAACGUCAAUCAAGCCAAGAUGGCCCUGUGCCACUACAGUUGAAUCCUGCUGGCGUGGAGCUUAUGAUGACUGAUGCGACUGAGACUACGGCCGAGGUCGACGAGGUGAAGCGCAAGUCUGCAGAGGCGGAUCGCAACCAGCGAUUUAUGAUGCGACUUCUGAGUCACCGUACGCAUCCUCACCAAGAAACCGAUUUUGAAGCUAUGGCCAAGUUCACGUUUCCCUCGGAACCGCAUCGACCCAUGUCCAGCAUCGUUAUGGAGGUCAUGGCUCGUGUCGACCCCAACAGCUACGUAUUAGAACAUAUGCAAACGAUCACCUCGCUAUGGCAGCGUGCCAUCAACGAGAAAUUCUACGAGCCGAUCCCCCGAUUCGAAGCUAUCACAAAAUAUUGUUUAAUGUCGGAUGACGUUCCACUCUCCGAAGUAAUCACCCCUUUGGUUGGAGUCUUGCAAGACACCGUGGAAGUGAAUGCAGUUCCUCGCUUCAAGUACGCUCCGGCAUCAAGAGAUAAACGAAUCACUCGACAGACGCCACAGUCGGAUCUGCAGCCCCUAGUCGACUCGACUGGAGCCAUGCGUCUACUUUACCAGAUCGCCUGCGGGGUAUUACACAAUAAAAGUGCAAUGGAGACAUUCUGGCAAAACAUCAGAAUCUCAUUCAUUCUUGUGAUGCUGCACCCGUCACAUCCACUAGGUGAUAUUGUGCUUUUAAUGAACCUCCUGUCAACAAGCAUUCGCGCAGACUCUUUUGGUCCGAUCAGAAAUUCUGACCAGGACCAACUGGACGUGCAAAAGUGGAUAGUGGACCGCCUCACACACAUGCUGAGCGAGCCUGCGAUACCGGACGAAGGUGUAGAGCCCUACACUGCAUAUGACAUUUGUGCGAUGCGCCUGGAGGUCCUGCUGCUACUGGAGUCGCUGGCAUUAAAUCCUAUGGCGCCGUCCCCAAAGCAUGCCAGUACAAUCCUCGCACUGCAUCCGAAUGCACUCGCUCGUUUAUUCCGGUCAAUGCACGAUGAGCUGGAUGCACUUUACUCCUCCCCGCCAGAGUCAGACCUGCGAGUUGCGCUGGUCAAUGGCCUUAUGCGGCUGGUUUUCGGGGUCAUGCGGCAGCAUGGCCCCUUGAUCAAUAUGCAGGAGAAGCUGGCGUGUGUGCCCGGCAGCAAACAGAAACAUCUGGUUGUGUUAACUCGGUUGGCAUUUUGUGAUGGGACGAUGCUGGAGGCGGGCAUCGAUGACGAAACUGUUGACAUGGCUCACGAGCUGCUAGAGGAAUGGACAAAUCCCCAAGAGGCAGAGUCAUUGGCGGAAGCAUUCCCAAGUUCUAGGAGAGAGUGA